ACCGGGGUACCUCGAAGCCUUCUGCGGGUGUGGGUGGUGUUCUCACCUCGCAGCCAAAAAUCCAUCUUUCUCUGCGCCGGAGGCAUGUAUGCAUGCGACAGUGCAACGGAGCCGAAGGUGCUUGCCUGCUUGCCUGCCGGCUUGAACACUGCCAGAGUGCCGGCUGGUCCCGAUCCAACUCCGGGAGCGGAGUCAGUGUGUUCCUAGAGGCUGCUGACUGAGACAGCGGGGUUGGGCAGCUGACCGAGCUGCGUCGCUGUAAACAACUGCGAGGGUACAAUGACGCACCUGAAUUUACACUUGCGCGACUUUUAGACGGUCGACUAGACAUCUUUGGAGUCAGUGUUCCGUAACGGACUGCAUUGACAUUUAGGCUACCCAUGCUGCUUUUUGCGCCGUAGCCUGAGUAGCAUUAUAUGCUGUUUUAUGCUGAGGGGUUUUCCAACUAUGCCUUUGUCCUUGUAAUACACUAUGACGUCUUAUCUUAUUCACUAUUGAAGUGAGUAGCCAAUUUCAUUCAUUAUUGCCACACACACCUCUAUUCUAUUUAAUUUUCAGGUGAGUCACAUUGGAAUUAACAAUCACUGCUGUCAACUUGGAUAGUUGCCUGCCUGUCCGUCCCAAUGAGAUUUCAGUACUUUGGCAGUGAAACAUGCUGUGUCUGUCUACAGAAAGCUGGACUGAGGUGCAGGUGGGCUGUCGUAUGAAAUAGGAGAAGGACUUGGCGGACACACACCCCCAAUUCAGUUGUUACACACACACACUGUCGCUCGGAGUGGCGAGACGCAGAUGCUCACUCCACAGACACCCAACUCGGCACUCAACUUUUGCUCUGUGCGUGGAUCUAUUAAACAUAUAUUUUCUCUUCAAAUGAGCUUGUGAACAAACGGAGGAUAGAUGUUAUUUUGCGGGCUAAUAUAUUUUUUCUAAAUAGCCGCAAAGGACCAGGGUUGGAAUAAGGAUGCCCGAUUGUCUUUGAGACACCUGCGUUGAUUAAUUAGCCUCGCUUGGUAAUUUCUCAAAUAUGGAUUAUGUGCGUAAUGUGGCUAAAAUAGCAGAGAAUGGAUAUUGUUUGUCGGUAAGGAUUUCAUAUUGAAUCGCCCAGUAGUGCAUUGAGGAGAGGGGCAGCCGCAGCCAAACGAUGCCGGACGCGUCUCGGGACGUGCCGGUGCAUUCCUCUCCAGCAGUGGCAGCGAACGCGGAGGGAGACGAGAUAGAAGUGCUGGAGAGUAUCGAUGUUCUUCCCGUGGCCCCAGAGGACCAAUGGAAAUCUCUGUUCGACAAGUUCGACUCAGAGAGUUCAGGCUUCAUCAGUACAGAGCGGUUCAGAGACCUGCUGGCGGCCCAUGGCUCGGAGCUGGACCCUCACAAGCUGGAGGUUCUAUUGGCCCUCGCCGACGGCAACGCAGACGGAAAGAUCUGCUACCAGGACUUUGUCAACCUGAUGUCCAACAAGCGCAGCAACAGCUUCCGGCGGGCCAUCCUCCAGGGAAGUCGUCAGUUGAAGGGGGCCGGGGCCCUGGGGGAGGAGGUGGGUCUGGGUCUGUCCCAGAGGCUGGUGAGGCACAUCGCCUACGAGACCCUGCCCCGGGAGAUCGACAGGAAGUGGUACUUUGACAGCUACACCUGCUGCCCACCACCCUGGCUCAUCUUGGCUAUCACCAUUGCUGAGGUGGCAGUGUUCAUGUACUAUGGCCUGCAGUUGGACCGCUGGGUGCUGCAGGUGUCCAGUCCCCACUUCCUAAGGGGCCCACUGCCAUACCACCCCCAGCUACGGAUUCAGGCCUGGAGAUACCUCAGCUACGCCUUCAUGCAUGCAGGGAUAGAACACCUGGGUCUGAAUAUGGCCAUGCAGCUGCUGGUGGGAGUCCCUCUAGAGAUGGUCCAUGGAGCGCUGAGGAUAGGACUGGUCUACGUGUGUGGUGUACUGGCAGGCUCCCUGGCCGUCUCUGUCACUGAUAUGACUGCUCCGGUGGUGGGGUCGUCAGGAGGAGUCUAUGCCCUGGUCUCAGCACACCUGGCCAAUGUCGUCAUGAACUGGUCGGGUAUGAAAUGUCAGUUUAAGCUGUUCCGGAUGGCCAUGGCUCUGGUCUGCAUGAGUGUGGAGUUCGGCCGUGCCGUGUGGCUGCGGUUCUACCCGCCGGCCUUCCCGCCCUGCCCCAACCCCAGCUUUGUGGCCCACCUGGGGGGUGUGAUGGUGGGGCUCACCCUGGGGGUUGUAGUCCUCCAGAACUACGAGCAGCGUCUCCAAGAGCAGUCUCUAUUCUGGAUCUUCUUCUCCGUCUACUUCCUCUUUGUCCUCUGUGCUGUCUUCUGGAACGUCUUCGCCUACAGCCUGCUGGACGUCCGGCUCCCCCCCAUGCUUUGAGCUCUGAGAGGUGGCUACAUGAGCUGCACCCCCCUCCCCCAGCCCCAUAGGCCUCUGAACAAGUCUGGUCUCAAUAGUGCAGGGCUGCAUGCUAAGCCAGUUGGGCUUUUCAGAGAAAACUGAGAGGGCCAACUGCGUACCUCAGAUCCGAUGGAACAUAACAAUCUAGGUCCAAGACUUCAGAAUUUGUAUCUUCAUUCUAGAGUACUGUAUGGAACAGAGUAUGUCGGCAUCUCCUCUUAAAUCCAAUGGUGCCUGAAACUGUAAGAAAGAGGUUCAUAUGACAGUUAGCUUCAAUAAAGGACAAUUUCAUAGGGUUGGAGAUUGUGAUGAUACCCAUGUCUCCAAUCUGUCAUACUAUAGUACUGUUAUCUGAAAUGAAGCCAUGAAAUGUUCCACUGUUGACAUGUUACACUGUACUGAGUACAUCUGAUGUGACAUGGGUUUGUUCCAACUUCCUGAUUUUUGUCUGGUUACCUGACUGUUUAUACAUUCAACGAUGCUACGUGUACAUUGUUGCCUUUCACAAUAUGUCUGGCAAGACAAAUGGCUGAAGCAGAAUGAGAUGGGAACUCAAGCUAGAUAUUUUCAGGCUUACAUUUUUGUUGUUGCCUUUGGUGUGUCUUGCUCUAAGUCUUAACUGUGUCAAGCACUCUUGUCACCCCAAAGCUGUGUGUGUGUGUGUGUGUGUGUGUGUGUGUGUGUGUGUGUGUGUGUGUGUGUGUGUGUGUGUGUGUGUGUGUGUGUGUGUGUGUGUGUGUGUGUGUGUGUGUGUGUGUGUGUGUGUGUGUGUGUGUGUGAGAGAGAGAGUUCUCACCUAUACAGUAUGGCAUGCACAGUACUGGAGGAGUGGACAGUAUUGGAGAAGAGGACAGUAUCAUCCGGGUUACACUGAUUUACAUUAUUCUGUUAUGUGCAAAUGGAAAUGGAAGUUGUCAUAAGGUGAAUGCACCAAUUUGUAAGUCGCUCUGGAUAAGAGCGUCUGCUAAAUUACUUAAAUGUAAAUGUAAAUGUAAACAAAGAUAGAAGUGCGGUUCAAACCCUGACCGUGUGUUCCUGACCAUUGCCAAAACCCACCCUUAACCAAUAGCAUACAAAAGACGGAGCACUACAGAGAACAUGUACUGUUUUAUUAAUAGGGGAAUAUGUUGCCUUUUGUGAUGAGUACUGGUUGAGUUGAAUGUCAACAUUCUCCCUCUGGCACAGACUUAUUGAUAGGUAUUCAAUAUUGAACUCUGUUACAGACUGUGGAAAUGGUGCUGCAUGUGAAUAGGUUCCUCCCUCCAGAGUUAGCCUUCAGUUAGUACUGUACUGUCAAUGCCCUUAUUAAGGAGAAAGCUAAGCCAUGUUGUAUUGGAUGCUGUGUUUGCUUCAACAGGAGAACACGUCGCAUCUCAACCAACCAAGGCUCAAAUUAGCCUGGUCCCAGAUCUGUUUGUGCUCUUACCAACUCCAUUGCUGUCAUUGUCAAGCCACAGAUGUUUGGCAUGACAAUGAGUGACAUGGAGUUGACAUGGCACCAGGAACAGACUGGCACCCAGUCUAGCUCAAGAGUUUACUUUAACUUAACCUCACGUUAUGCCGCUUCACACAAAAUAAAUACUAAGAAAGACUGUAAGUAUUAACCAAUUAAUAUGUUAACAUACAAUAGCUGGUUGUUGAUUGUUGAAUUGGUCUACAUCGUGAUGUGUAAAAUAUCCUGUGUAUUUAACAUUUGUUGAUUGUAUAUUAUAAGGUCUAUGAUACGGAACAUAGUGGUAACUGACAAUAUUUUAACAUGUGCAUAUUUUGUAGAUUUGAUAUGUAAAUACUGUACUGGAAUACAUUAAACUGUUUUUAUAAUGAAACGUA